CUUAUUAUCUCUAUUAUCAUGGAUAACAAAAGUGAGAAAUUGGCGGUAGAUUCGAACGAAAAAUAUUUACAAGAUGAUUAUCAAGAAGACAGAAGCGAAGAAGUCAAAACUUAUGGUGGUGACACUGCUCUUGCAAAUGCACCAUGGAAAUACAAGCUAAUCGCUUUGCUUACUGCUCUUCUGUUUCCUUUUGGUUCUCACUUUUCUGCAAGUGCUCUGUCUGCCAUGAAGAAGCAAAUUGUUUCGAAUCUUGCUAUCACAAAUACUCAGUACGGUGUCAUUUCUGCUGCUGUAUCCAUUAUCAAUACCAUUUUCCCUAUUGCAGGUGGUAUCUUUAUUGAUAUUUUUGGUUCUGUAUGGGGCACAUUGGCCAUCAACUUCAUGAUUAUUCUCGGUUCUUUAUUGACUGCCAUAUCUGCAAAGUAUAACUCUUAUGCACUCAUGGUUGUUGCACGUGUUGUGUUUGGUAUUGGUAGUGGUCUCAUUGUAACAAUGCAAGAAUCUCUGCUUUCAAAGUGGUUCCGUACCCGUCAUUUGUCUAUUGCCAUCGGUCUUCAACUUUCUAUCAGUCGUCUCUCCACUUUUCUUGGUACCUUGGUAGCCAAUUCAGUUGCCAAAGCAAGUGGUGACUGGGUAUGGUCAUUUUGGCUAUCCUUCAUUCUCUGCUGCUUCUCCAUCGCCAUGAACCUUAUCUAUGCUCUUGUGGUGCGUUACCUUCAAGGUCAAGCAACAUUGACAGCUAAAGAAAAAGAAACUCUUAAGAGAAAAAAAACCUUUAAGUGGCGUUCUAUUUUCAAGUUCCCUGCUAUUUUUUGGCAUAUUAUCUUGAUUGAAUUUAUUUAUGCUGCUGUUUGGUCAUCCUUCCAAACCAUUGCCACUGAUUUGAUCUCUAAGCACUUUGGUACCAGUGAUGUAUUGGCAGGUUAUAAGGCCAGUGCUUCUCAAGCUGUUCCCAUUGUUGCCACACCUGUGUUAGGUUUUAUCAUGGACUUUUACGGCUGUCGUGUCAUUAUUUUGUUGAUCUCUUCCAUCUUUUUGAUUCUCAGUUCUGGUUUAUUAGGCUGGACCUAUGUAGAUGCUGUUGUUGGUAUGGUCUUUUAUUCUAUUUCUCUUGCCUUUGGUCCUAUUUCUAUGAUCACUUCUAUUGGUAUGCUUUUGCCUUCUGACUAUAUUGGUACUGGUUUGGGUAUUUACAAGAGUUCAAACAAUAUUGGUACAUCUAUUCUUGAUGUUGCUGUCGGUGUAGUUCAAGAUAAUACUGCUGGUCAAUCCUAUGUUAAUGUGAUGUUGACAUUUAUUAUUUUGGCCGGCAUUGGUUUUGUCUUAAUUCUGCUUCUUUGGUUCAACCAAUUCUACUUUUAUGGUAACCUAUUGGAAGUUGGACGUGCCAAGCGUACUAUUCGCAUGCAAGAAAUUAAUGACAAGGAACUUGAAUUGACUUCCAGAGGCAAGGAUCCUUAUUCAGAGACUCCCUACAAGAAAUUCAACUAUUUCACAGUUGGUAUAUUCAUUGCUGCUCUUAUCAGUGCUUGGGUUCUCUUCUUUGUUUACUCUAUUCACGGUAAGGGUGGUUAAGCAAACCCCCUUAUUUUUAUUUUUUGUUUAUAUUCAUUUGCAUUAUUCUUUACACAACACUAGAUGUCCA